AUGAGGGACGAAGCGGAAGGACGUAGUGAUGAUGGUGGUGGUGGCGGCGGCGGCGGUCGGCCUCGUGAAAUCCCUCAGAUGCCGGCUUUUGGCGGAAUAGCGCCUCGGUGCGGUCUUCGGCGAAGCGAAACCUCGACGUUAAACGAACGCCGCAAUGCCUCCCACCUCCGAAAACCUCAUACCGCGGCAGCUCGCUCCACCCAUGACGGUGACGACAAUGACAGCUGGAUGCCCAGUCUGCAACAUAAGCAGCUGGCCAGUGAGGAAACCAAGUCUGCUCGACGGCAGCAUCACCCGCAGCAUCUGCGUGUUGGUUCGAAUGCUUCACGAGAGGUAGCCAGAGAAAGCGAAGGUGGUACCGUUCAAGCCGCUGCGACGGCGGCGGGCGUUGACAAUGGCGCGGUCGACUCGUCUUCAGGGAAGUAUGCUAACGUAGCCGCGUCAACCGCGGGGGAGACCGGGCAGGUCUCCGACGGGGGACUGCCGCAGCAGAAACAACGUACGAAGGGGCCGCAGCCGCAGCAGCAACCGCACAACGACGGAAACGAUCGUACUGUCCUGGCCCCUGGUCUCCCCAUUGCUGACCCCUCAGUAACGUCCGUACUGCCAGAAACCUCAACAACCGGCGUCGCCCAAGCGCGGCGGCUGGCUUCGUUCUCGAGGCUGCCUGAUUCUGUGUCGCCGGGACACAGAAGAGUAGCGGCGAUAAUGGCUGCGCCCUGGCGUGAACCGAUGUCGGUGACACCGGUAUUCGGUAGCAGCGGUGAAGGCAGUACCCUCCGUGGUGAGACGACACCGGAUGCCGCGCUAUCCUGCUCCGCUUCGGUCGCGACGGCGACAGCAAUCGCAAACGCCAUCAAUGCCACCGCAACGGUGAGCGCCGCUGCCGGCAGCGACAGGGGCGGUGCAAUUGUCGCCACGGAGAUCAAGGGGUAUAAAAUCGGCGGCAUAAUGCAGAGCGACAGCAUCGUGAGCGGAGAUGGCGGGAAUGCCGGAGGCUGGGACCCUUCCUUGUUGGAAGAUGAGCAGCUGUCUUCCAGGAAAGAAGACUAUGGACGAGAGGAAGACGGCGAAGGGAGUGGUGUGCCAAGGGAGGACUGUCCCGCCGUGGUCCGGUCGGACGGGGGCGCAUGCAUUCGUCCUUCCUCGGGUCGACACGACGACGCCCACAACGACUGCUGGGAGGACACCGACUACAACUCGAACAGCACGUGGGCCACAAACAACAACACCUCUUUCUCCACGAGAGUGAGCACUGGCAGCUUCGCUACGACGGACAGCAAUACCCGAGGCGGCGGCGGCGGUGGCGGUGGCGGUGGGUCGCCGCGGUCUCGCGUGCUGGCGGCGACUCUGGGCGCGGCGGCGCGGCAGGGGGUGGCGGCGGCGGGCGAAGAAGGUGUGCUUGGCGGCGAAAGCCGCUUGGUUUUUCGGUGUGCCAAAAACCAGGACUGA